AUGGCAUCUCAAAAAGGAUUGAUGGGUGGUGCAGGUAAUAUCAUCACCACAAAUGGCUCGGUACAAGUAGACAAUGGUAGAGGUGUGCAAUUGAUCCCCUCCAAUAUUGUACGACUUGACAAUGUUAACCUAAUUGUGGCUUUCGAAAAGGAUGCAAUUCUUAGCAAGUUUCUCUAUCACUCUCGAAAUCUUGCAUUGCCGUCUAAUAUUCUCUACGUCUCUGGCAAAGGCUUUCCGGACAAGGUAACCCAAAACCUUUCCCAUAUAGCUCAAGCUCAAGGUAUACCCCAGAUAGUGUUUGUGGAUCUGGAUGUUUAUGGAUUGAUGAUCUCUCAAUGUUACGCUGGUGCUGCCUACGCGGGUGUAGAGAUCAUAUCAUAUAAAAGAGGAUGGGUUGACACAAAUAAUCGAGAACGAAUGUUGGCGGCUAAUUUCAUGGCAAAUGUGAAAGACGAAAUAAAACGCCGCGAACUUCAACGAGGGUGGAUUGUCAACAAGAAGGCUGAACUCAAUUUGAUUGAUGGCAUUGACGGCUUGACAUACAUUACUCAAACUAUCGAACAGGCACUUCAAGUUGCCCGUGGGGGAACGGCUGCACACAAUCUCACGUGA